GGCACGUGUAACCAUUUUCCGGCGGGCAAGCAAUGCAUUGGCAUUUCCUUUCCCUCCCAUUUAGCCUUUGUUUUCUCUCCCACGCCCUGUCACGUGCCCAAACCCCCCUUGCCUUCCAAUCUGCUUUCCCCCCUAUGGCUUAUGCCUUUAAGUAAAAAUCCCUCAUUUUUUCCUUUCUUAAGACAGACUUCAUUCAUUGACCCAACUUUAUCAUUUUUCUUUGACCAUGGCAUCGAUUAAGACCAUUAAAGUCAGCAAUAUUUCUUUAGAAGCAACCGAGCGAGACAUCAAAGAGUUCUUUUCCUUUUCUGGUGAUAUUGAAUAUGUCGAAAUGCAGAGAGGUGAUGAAGGGUCUCAAAUUGCAUAUAUUACUUUCAAGGAUUUGCAAGGAGCAGAGACCGCUGUUCUUCUUUCGGGAGCAACGAUAGUUGGUCUAUCUGUUAGCAUUUCUUUAGCUCCAGAUUACAAGCUGCCUCCGGCCGCUUUCGCACAGCCCCCUGCAACACAAAAUAAAACUCCAAGUGGUGCUGAUUCGACUAUUAGAAAAGCUGAGGAUGUUGUCACCGGCAUGCUUGCUAAGGGCUUCAUCUUAGGCAAAGAUACAAUCAACAAGGCAAAAACCUUUGACGAGAAGCACCAAUUAACAUCGACAGCCUCAGCCAAAGUUGCAUCCUUCGACAAGAAAAUUGGGUUCACCGAGAAGAUACAGGCCGGCACUACCGUUAUUACUGACAAAGUAAAAGAAAUGGAUCAAAAGUUCCACGUUUCGGAGAAAACAAAAUCCGCAUUUGCCACUGCUGAGCAAAAGGUCAGCGGUGCAGGAUCUGCCAUUAUGAAGAACAAGUACAUAUCCGCCGGUGCUACAUGGGUAACGGAUGCUUUCAAUAAGGUUGCAAAAGCAGCGGGAGAUGUUGGCCAAAAGACAAAAGAAAAAGUGGGAGCAGCUGAAGAAGAACGAAAACGGAAAGUGGUUGAUGACUUUGCGCAGAUUCAUUUAUCCGAGUCCCCGAAAGAUUCUGCCUCGAGUAAACAACCAUCUAAGCCUGCACCUGCACAAGGUUUGAUCCUUUGAUUUGCUGCUUCAGUAAAUAGUUGUGGAGGCCAAAGUCUAUACCUUAGCAUUUCAUAUAUUUACUUAUCUUCUUGGCAUCACAUUGUUGUUGAUGUUUUCCUUUUAUUUUUUGGUUUUUGGGAUUUGUUUUGUUUUUAUUAUGGUAAAUUUUCACCUUUUGAUUGGAUUUAUGUAAUGUCACAUUGUAUGAAUAUUUGUAUUCGUUUGGAUUACGUGUAGGCAAGUUAGUUUAAGUUUAUUAUUAGGUUUAAUGUUUAUUCAUCCUGUUAAAAUAUGCUAUAAAUCCUUGUAUUUUUGAAUUUUAGAAGUGAUAUGUUUAAUAGCAAGAUUUCCUAAAAUAUAA